GUGCGAGGUGUCUUACAUUCCUCACCUUUCCAUUGUGUCCGGUAGCGUCUUCUACACAGCUACACAGCAGAAAUCUUCCGUCUUUUCCACAAUCCACCCCGUCCUCGUCCGAGUUCCCCCCUUGGCCAGGAAUGCGCGCGAAUGCUUCCUUUCCCAUCAGCCCUAGGCGCGCUAGCCAUCCCAUGACCGAGGCGGCCAUGUUCAUGGAUGAUGGCUGUACGGAGCAAGGUACUUCGUGGCCCGGAGCCCUUGGUGUCGCCGGUGACGGAAAGGCUUUAAACAUACCUUGAUUGCCCGUCUUCUGCUGAUUCAAGACUCUCUACAUAUAAUACUUCCCAGCUUCUACCCUCCUCUCAAACUCUCCUCCUUCUCUUCCUCGUCUUCUUCUUCUUCACUCCAAUCUCUUACCUUGAUCACCCGCCCAUAUCUUGUCACUGAACCAAGGUCAGCGCCACCAUCGUCAACUCUCACCUACCACCACAUUCCCCCCCCACCACCCGCAAUCACAAAGUUCGCACUCGCGGCGCAUCGCAAUCAUGGUUCAGAACACAUCAAUGGUCACGUCCAAGUUCCUCAGCAACCCCGAGGACCUCGGCGUUGUUGCUGUUGGCUUCUCUGGCGGACAGUGCAAGAAAGGCGUCGACGCCGCCCCCAAGGCCCUCAUCGAGUCCGGCCUGCUCACACAGCUCCGCGACGAGCUGGGCUACAAGCUCCACGGCGACGAUGAGGUGCACCUCUACACCGACCUCGUACCCGCAGACGAUCCUCCCUUCCGCAACAUGAAGAACCCCAAAGCCGUGUCCUCCGUGACGGAGCGCAUCGCCGACCAGGUCUACCAGCAGUCGCGCCUCGGUCGCCUGACCCUGACCCUCGGCGGUGACCACAGCAUUGCCAUUGGCACCAUUGCCGGCUCCGCAAAGGCCACCCGCGAGAGACUCGGCCGCGAGAUUGCCGUCAUCUGGGUCGAUGCGCAUGCCGACAUCAACACCCCCGAGACGAGCGAUAGCGGCAACGUCCACGGCAUGCCCGUAGCUUUUGUCACAGGCUUGGCCAAGGAGUCUAGACCCGAGUACUUUGGCUGGCUCAAGGACGAGCACAUGUUGAGCGUCAAGAAGCUGGUGUACAUUGGUUUGCGCGACGUGGAUGCCGGCGAGAAGAGGAUUCUGCGCGAGAAUGGCAUCAAGGCGUUUAGCAUGUUUGACAUUGAUAGAUAUGGCAUCGGACGCGUCAUGGAGAUGGCGCUGGCGCACAUUGGCAACGAUACCCCCAUUCACUUGUCAUUUGACGUUGACGCUCUGGACCCCAUGUGGGCGCCAUCAACGGGCACCCCGGUCCGCGGCGGUCUUACGUUGAGAGAAGGUGACUACAUCUGCGAGUGUGUGCACGAGACUGGCAGCCUUGUUGCGCUGGACCUGGUCGAGGUGAACCCGUCACUCGCGGCCGAGCAGGAGGGCGCGGCGUCUGAGACGGUAAGGGCCGGCUGCUCGCUUGUGCGCUGCGCUCUGGGAGAGUCAUUGCUCUAAGCUGCUAGCUGGAGCGUGCGUGGGACAGAAGGGGAAUGAUACGGUCAUGAAGGGAUUCUCGACUUCUGGCAGAACCAGGGCUGCUGAUGGAGAACGGCACGGGCUGCCUAUCUAUGGUUGUGGGAACACAGGGACGAUUAAACGGAACACGGAGGCAAAGUGAAUUUGGCGCAUAGCGCAAUAGAAGACAGAACAAGUGAGGUAGCCAGGGAAACUGGUACGGAGUCAGACACGGGGUUGAGGUAGAUAUAUACCAACGAAUAGAUUUAUGAGCC